CGUAAUAAUGAAUGACUUUCUACUGUUGCUAUUGGAUAAAUACAAUUUACGAUAACUGAUUUUAUUUGAUUUUACAGACCCUUUUAAAAGAAGCCAACAAACAAGAGCUCCAAACGGUAGAAAUCAAAUCAACAACCGAAGAAGAAUUUGCAGCAAAAUAUUCCAGUGCACUCAAUGAUUUGCGAGAAGCAUUGGAACUAGAAUCUGAAGUAAUGAAGAAAAUUCGAAACGGAAUAUCGAUUGGCAGUAUGACAAAAGUUAAUCUUCUCACUAAGCUAAAAAAUCAGGUAGAUAUUGCAUAUUCUACUGAAAUAAUCAAGUCCCUCAAAUAUCUACCUAAAAGCUGGACAAAUGAGGCAAUAGAAAUCAGAGCAUUAGAGCAAGCGAAAAAAGAACGACAAAAAUAUAAGCCAGUAAAACCAGGGGAUAUUCCUGUUGCCGUAAGUUCAAAUACAUCUACCAACAUUGAUGCAGCUGGCGAGAGUAACAGCUGUAAAAAAAUAGUAAAAGAAGGUUACGAACCUGGCAGUGAUACAGUAGCGGAUGGUUUUGAUUCCGAAACAGCUUCUGGUACAAAUGAAGUUACCACAAUCGAAACCAAUGGUAAAAAAUUGAAAAAAAUGAAACAAAGGAAACGAAAACUAUCGGAUGAUCUUGCAAACUUGUCUAAUGCACGCAAUGAUUCCACUAUUGAGGAUCAUGGAAUAGAGCCAAAAGUAAAACGUAUUCAAAAAAAGACUCUGGCUAGCACAUGCGAUGGAAGUGACUUGAAAAAAGUGUCCGUAAAAGAAAAGAAACAACGCUGGAGAAAAUUGAAACAAGUUCUGGACAACAAGGCUGUAGUAUAA